UUCUUUUUGUUGUUUGGCUUAGCUCAGGUGUCCUAUUUACAAAAAUUUGCGAGAAGAAAAAACCUCCUUGAGAGUUAAGACUCCUAAUUACAAUGCCAAUCUCACUACUUCAUCGCUGCCGGAGAAUCACUCCAUCGCUUUCGUCGUCAUUCCGGCAGUUGCGCUCAGACGCAACACUAGAAGCGAUCGCAAAAGCCGCCGCCGAAAAAACGCCGAUAAUAGCACUCUACAACUAUCCCUCAUUUUCCGGCGCAUUUUCAGCUCUCUUCACUCACCUCUUUCACUCUCACCUCCAUCUCCCUUGUCUCGUUUUGCCUUUUUCCUCCGUCGUCCCUUUUAGGGUCGAAGAUUUAUGUUUUGAAGGACUCAAGACAUGCUAUUUCCUUGAUUUCAUUGGUCCAAAAGGAUUUGCUGUUCAGCUUUCACGGAGGACAGCAUGCGAAGUGAUAUGCUUUGAUCAUAGAAAGUCAACAUUUUCGAAGAUCCCUUCUGCCGAAGAUUGUUCUGCAAAACUCACAUUUCAUGUGGAUGUUGGGAGGAGUAGCUCAAGGGCCGUGUAUGAAUAUUUUUCUGGCCAACUUGAAUGCAUGAAGUCACUUGAUGGAAAUGGUCUGGCUAGUAGUUUACUAAACUCAGAUGAUCAAUGUCGUAUAGAGUUGCUCUUGAAUUACCUUGAAGAUGGAGAUCUACGUCAAUGGAGGUUGCCUGAUAUUCGGGCUUUUAGUAUUGGGAUUUCAGAAUGGAGGUCAAAGCUGAACUGCAUCACUAAUCCUCACAUGUAUGAGCAGCUUUUGGAGAUGAGUGCUAAGGAACUGAUUAUGAUGGGAAAUUCCAAACUUUUAACUCGUAAGGAUGCAGCAAAAGAGUUUAUGGAGAAAGUUUUUAAACUUCGGCUAGGUCGAGGUUUAUAUGGAGAGUGCCUGGGAGUUCGAGCUGAUAGCAAUCCGGACCUCAGCGAUGAAGUCGGGAAAGAGCUUAGUUUUAGAAGUGCUGCAGCUGGCUUAAGGCCUAUAGGAGCUGUUGUUUUUAUGCAACGCAGGAACCUCAAAGUGUGCUUGAGAAGUACUGAUGGCAGCGUAGACACCUCUGAGAUUGCAAAGGCAUAUGGCGGUGGAGGUUCACCUUGUUCUAGCUCCUUCAUCAUAAGAAUGGAUGAAUACAACACGUGGCGCUCUGUCAAUUUAUCAAGUUAAAUGUGACUAAAUCUUGAAGAACAUGCUUCCUGCAAGACUGCUAGGAGCUCGCAUUUAGACGUGUAGUUCUGAAUUCUGAUUCCCCUAUUAUUCUUUUAUUGUUUGGCAUUGUUUCAAAAAACUAUUGAUUAUAUUUUUACUGCCAUCGGAGUCGUUUGAUACCUGCUUCACAUUAAUUCCUUAUUUUCUACUUUUUAGAAUAUUAGAAUUUAACUCUUACCUUGUUAAUCAACAUAUAAUUUCCAUGUGACUUUCUAUCUCAUUCGUUGCGAUAUUUGUCAAAUCUGACCCUUUAAUGAGUGAGGCAUUCGAAUUGGGUCGAAUAGAGUAUAUAACUCCUUCAUGCUUCCGUAGCUGCAAAGAGUAGACAAAAGGCAAGGAAGUAGAGCACUGUUUGCUUGUUGCUUCUAAGUACAACAGGCAAUAGACGCAACAAUAUCUUUCUGAUCUAAAAACUAAACUGUUGCUAAUGCCUAAAAUCGGGAUGUGAAUGUAGAUAUUACACUUGGUUUUUUCUCCAGAUUUUUGGAAAGUUUUUACAAUUUUACACUAAAUAAAUAAACUAGAUUCUAUCGAUCAUAAGUUGUAUGGGAGAGUGUAUACUUAUACAGAAACUAGUGGAUAGGGCAUCCAUCAACCGCAAUGCCCUUGGCUGUUGGACAGCUGGCUAGAUUGCAGUGCUCGCCAUUUGUACCCCACCAGGUCAAGCUUUUAUCCUCUACACCUAGUGAGAAAUACAGCAGCACUCCCAUGAAGGCAACCCCAGCAUCCAGAGCUGCUGAAAGUAUGUAAUUGUACCUUUGCCACCAUUGCUUUCGGUAACGGAAAACAAACAAGUUGAAAAUCGUUCCAACUAUAAUCCACGCGUUGUAAUUUACAGUUGUUGCUGGUGGCAUAUAGGCUGUAGCCCCCAGAAGUACAGGCAGAUUAAUCAAUGGAAUCCAUGAUUUCUUAGGGAAUGCCUUGUGAAAGAGCCAAACUAUAAUUGGCCCUAUUGCCCCUCCUAUGAAGAACCAGUUCAUGGCUUUGUAAGUUCCAAGAUCUCCAAAUAUUCUCUUAGGACCAACCAAUCCCCAUAUAACAGAGGCAUCAAAAAAUACACGGUCACCAGGACAAGUCCAAGGACUGUCAGCUGGAAGCAGAUUAUCCUCGCAUAUAUUGUGAAUUGAGUUGAGCAACCACCAUGCUACUGCAAUGUUGAUGGUUCCAGCAAAAAUGGUUCCGAUGAACUG